UCCACCUGCUGGUGAAGCUGCAGAAAGGCUGUUAAAUGAACCACUGAGGUGGGAUUAUUCCCUGCCUCCAAAUCCUUUGCAAACACUAGAUUACCAUAUUUACACAUUACAAUAAUUGUGGAAAGGUUUUGGCUUUUUUAAAAUCCGGGGUCUUACCAUAGAUUUUACUGUUUAUUAGAAAUUUAUGUCAGAACGCUUAUGAAUGUUAGCAUAACCAGUCAGACAGCAACACAGAUGAGGUCUGCUGUUAUGUUUACACAUUGCCAUACAGCUAUUUCAUCUCCAUGGUUACUAACAACACCGGCUAGUCUGAAGAAUCGCUCAAUACUUGACUACCACUGCGGCAAAGGAUGCGAUGCAGUUGCCCAAAACCUGUCAGUGACCCACCCACCUAUUGUAUCAGAGCUGCGGGAGUUCUGAGGUACAAUCGUGAGUCUGACAAUCACAGGAUGAAUUUAACAACUUUUCCCCAAAGGUCCCAGACAGAAUACCCAGCACAAUGUGAGUACUGUGGGGAAAAGGCUCAUCCUCUACUUGUUCUAACAUGGGUACAUAAUCCUGAGACCCACUUCUGUUGUGCUCAGCGGCAGCAGCUAUGUCAAAUCCUGGUGAAGCAGAGACUUUUGUUUGAGGAGCGAUCUAACCUAACCUUUGGUAAUCUAACUUCAAAAGACCAGAUGGAAAUUCUGUAUCACAAAUCCAGAGAGAGUGAAGCUUACCACAAGUUUAUGAAAGGCUUUCUGAGAAAACCUAGAAUACAAUCAAGAGAAUCUACAAUCUACGGUGGUUACCCAGUUAAUCUGCUUGCAGGGAAGACCUCUUUCUCUGCACCAGGGGUCUUCAGGUUAAGACUCUCACAUGCUCCAGGAAAGGGGACAACGUAUUGCAGUAGCACAAGUGAAAAAUGCUUAAAAAUGGAAGAGGAGGAGGUGUUGCUCCCUUUUUAUGAUUGGAAACCAGUUCAGUUUGGCAUAUGUAAUCAUCAGGUGGGGUCUGGAGUUUUACAGAAAUUUUAUUCCAGUGGCAUCACAUUCCUUACCAUGUUCCCUGGUGGCUCUGCUCAGGUCUUUUAUCCCUCUGGCCUCUUGGCUGUACUUAUCGUCGUCACUGAACACAAUGGAAGAGUUUGUAUAGUGUAUGACGACGUCAGUGCCCCUAAUCAACAAAUCAGAGCUAUAUUCCAGUCUGAUGGCAGAGCGACAUGCUAUCACACCAAUGGAAACAUAUGGCUGUCCUUGAACAUGUCUGGUGGCCGAUGCUUAAACAAUGCAGGCAAUGUAACUUGUAAGUGGAGCUGGGGUACUCCCACACCCCUGCAGCCCAUCUUUCUGUCCCUCAACAAAACUGUUGGAGUUCGAGUCCUGGGGAACAAACAAGUGUUUGUUUCCUUCUUGGCAGGCAGGCAACAGGCUAAGUUCAGUGUGGGUACCUGCUGCGCUCAGGGUGAAUACGUGCAUACUUCAGGUUCAUCGCUCUCUAAAGACGAGCUGCUGGCAUUGGCAGCCAAAAUCAGGAUCCACGCAGCAAUUCAGCAUCUUCACCAGUACCUGACGACGCCCUUACAUCCCCAAAAACUUAAGACUACACCAGCCCAUCACUUACAGGUUACUGCUCAAAGGCUCCUGAAAGUCAGUGAUGAUGUAAUGAUGAAUGACAGUGACAAAGCCUUCAUCCUCAAGUGCCUUCAGGAUUGUUGAUGUAUAUGUAAUAUUGGAACAUGAAGACAGUGACUGAAAAAAAAAAAAAAAAAAAAAAAGCAAAGCUGGAAAAACAUUUUGCAUGUC